GCGCUGCGCGCGCUCCUGCGGAAAGCGCGCGUCGUCCGCGCCACUGGGACCGCCGGAGCCGUCGGCUGCGCUCUGGGGGCGAGCUGCUCGGCUCAGACGCCUGACUGGGAGAACAGAGUGGAGAACCGAGGGAACAACGUCGGCGAUGGAAGUUCCGCUCCACGAGGACGACAUCUAGCGAUUUCCACUGUGUGCGACGGGGGUGUGAAUAGACGAGCUUCGAGGAAAAAGACUCCUCCAAAAACAAGUGUCCCUGGAUUCUGAGGAGGAGGAUACGCCGCCAGAACCCCCGCGAUGAGUGCGCGGUGAUCGGAUUUAUCCAGCCGGCGGGCGCGAUCUCCGCUAAGUGGUGUUCGCGGCAGAGAAAGAAUUUAACUACGGAUCAUGAUACUAAGUGUGAGUUGCGGUGAACCUACGACGCCGAAUGAUGCCAGCGGGUGUUGCCACGGUGGUGGCGGCGGCAGCAAUCGGUGAAGUGGUCGCCUAGAGAGUCCGCCGCCGUUUCCAGCCGCUCGGGAGCUCGCGGCUCGGCGUCCACAAGAGGCAGCGUGCGCGAGCCGGCCGGCUCCUUCACAGCAGCGAUGCCGGACGCCGGGGAGCAGCAACAGCGCGCGGGGUUCGCACCCGCGCGGCUAGCGCUGCCGUCGCUGCUCGCUCUACUGCUGCUGGUCUUGGUGGCGCCGCAUAGGACCGCCGCAGACGGCGAGCCGAAGGUGCAGCCGUUCCACUUUCCCAAGACGGUGCUACGCGGCGAGAAAGUGCGCGCCGUGUGCUCGGCCGCGUCCGGCGCCACGCCGCUCAGCUUCCAGUGGCUGCGCGACGGGCAGCGCCUGAGCGACGGCGCGCACCACGUGAGCAUCAAGACCUUCGACGACUUCUCCGUGCUCGAGGUGGCCGACGUGGGGGUGGCGCACAACGGCAACUACACGUGCGCGCUCAAGAACCUCCAGGGCAGCGACGCCUACUCCAGCCAGCUGCUCGUCCAAGCGGCUCCCGAGUGGGUGACGAGGCCCCGAGACACGUCAUCGGCGCUCAACGGGCCAGCGUCCUUGGAUUGCCUGGCGGUCGGCUACCCGACGCCCACCGUCCGCUGGUCCCGGGAAGAGUCAGUGUCCGACGAUGUGGAGCUGCGUCCCGUACCGCUUGGUGGCGCCAGGGUGUCGCUGCUGGCCAACGGGACCCUGGUCAUCCGCGAGGUGCGCAAAGAGGACGCCGGCAGGUACCGGUGUGUCGCCUCCAACGGGCUCGGACAGGACCUCGAAGGGACGCUCACGCUGUCGCUUCAUGUGCCCGCCCGCUUCGAACAGAAGUUUAGCGUGGAGAGCGUGAGGCGUGGCGACACGGCCAUCUUGCGCUGCGAGGCGCUCGGCGACAGCCCCAUGGGUGUCACCUGGCACCGGAACGAGGACCCGCUUCCGCUGGACUCGCCAAGGCUGCAGGUGUUCGAGAGCGUGACCGACCGCGGCACGGCCUCCGAGCUGCACGUGCAGGGCGCCGAGCGGUCGGACAACGGCCUCUUCAGCUGCCUCGCCAAGAACGGCUUCGGGACGGACAGGCGAAGCAUCAAGCUGGUCGUCCUCGAGGUACCGUCAGCCCCGUUCGAUGUCAAAGUUGAGCAGUCUUGGAGUCGUUCCGCCAGCGUCCGAUGGAAUGCCCCGUACAGCGGCAACAGUCCCGUUUCCAAGUACAUCGUGCAGUAUUGGAAGGACCACGGCGCUGCGCACAGGCUAGAAGAGGCCAUCGUCGUGGCGCCACAAACGUCGACCCUCCUGCGAGACCUGCAGCCGGGCACAUCGUACAUCGUACGCGUGCUGGCCGAGAACACCGUAGGGAGGGGAUCCCCGUCGGAGAGCCAAAAGUUCCAGACGAAAGAAGAAGAACCAAGCGGUGCUCCAACUGACGUCAUGGCCGAGUCUAGAGGACCAACGCUUCUUCGCAUCAAAUGGAAGGCACCACCCAAGGAACAGUGGAACGGUCACCUGCUGGGCUACUACAUCGGCUACCGCAGCCGAACCUCGGAGGAGCCGUAUAGUUACCAGUCGACGCUGGUCACUGACCAGCCCGAAGAAGAGCAUCUCCUGUCUGGUCUCAAAAGGGCCACCGAGUACAGCAUCGUGGUCAAAGCGUACAACGCGGCCGGCUCCGGCCCAGACUCGCAGGAGGUCUUCUCCAGGACAGCGGACUCUGAGCCACCACUGCCGCCACGUCUAUGGCUCGAGUCCCACGACCGUUUCUUCAUCGUCGUCCAUUGGCAACAGCCUCCAGGACCACCUGUCACACACUACAUCAUGUCGUACCGGGAAGAGAACGGCCCAUGGCGCGAGCUGACCGUGCCGCAGGCGGACAACUCCAAGUACACGCUGUCGGGCCUGCGAGAGGCCACUCGCUACCAGAUCUACCUGCAGGCUGCUGGAGAGGGAUCCACAAGCGCCCCCAGUGAGACCAUCACAGUGCUCACUGAAGGCGGAGCACUAUCGGAUGCAUCCAUGCCGGCCCCGCACGGAAGCCAGAGCCGCGAACUUCCGGUCUACUUCCGGCUGUCGGUAGUGGCGCCGGCAGCCGCAUCGCUUACCAUCAUCGUUCUCGUCAUAGCCGGGGCCUGCCUCUUCGUGAGCCACGAGAGGCGGAAGUACAAGAACAUCAUCGUGCCCCCGUUGAAGCCACUCAAGUCCGGCACGUACAUGAGUGGAGCCGCAAGCCUCGGGCGUCCACAGAGCCAGCGCUACGUGGACGUGGACCAGCGACUGGGCGCUCCGCGGACACCCCGGCACGCAGACGGCGAGCGAAGCGUCGGGCCGCCCGGCUCGUGCCGGCCGCUUCUGGGCUCGGCCAUCCCGCAGUACCCGGCGCCGUACGCGACGCUGCCGAUCCGCUGCCCGGCGGCCGACGGCCCGUCGCCCUCGCGGCUCACGCGUAACGCCAAGGGAACGUCCCUGUCCCAGGACAUUCUGGACAGGGAAGGCCAGGGCAGCAACAUCAUCGAGGAGGCGGCAGAGAUCCACCACUACGACAUCGCAGCCUAGAGGCGGUGACCUGUGGCGAUCUGAGUGCAAUCGAACUGUGCGUGGAGGACUGGAAGCAGAAGCAGCAUCAGGGAUGGACGGAACACGGGGAGCAGGUGACGACGAGAGUGGCAGCGCAGGAGAGCGGGAGACAGGGAGUCGA